AUGGGGGAGCGCGCAGACGAGGCGCCGCUGCUCUUCUGGGCCGAGGGCCCCGGCGUGUCGGCGCCGCCGCCCGCCUCGGCCGAGGCGAGCGGCGGCGGCGGGCGGCGCCUCGGCGGCGGCUGGAGCGCGGCUGCCUGGGGCGGCGCGGGGCCGCGGCGGGCGGAGGCGGAGGAGGACCAGAUCGUGGCCGUCUUCGUGGUCACCUUCGACCCCCGCACGGGCAACAUGGUAGAGUGGUGUUUACCCCAAGAUAUUGACUUGGAAGGUGUGGAGUUCAAAUCCAUGGCAAGUGGGUCCCACAAAAUCCAGUCAGACUUCAUUUAUUUCCGGAAAGGGCUCUGUUUUGGCUUGGCCUGCUUUGCCAACAUGCCUGUGGAGAGUGAGUUAGAGCGUGGCGCCCGCAUGAAGUCUGUGGGGAUUCUCUCACCUUCUUAUACCCUGCUGUAUAGAUACAUGCACUUCCUGGAGAACCAGGUCAGACACCAGCUGGAGAUGCCAGGGCACUACUCCCAUUUAGAGGCAUUCUAUGACGACAAGAAAGGAGUCCUUCCUGCUGGCAAGGACACCUCCACCUCCCAGCAGCCUGUCCACUGGCUACCAUCCAUCCACAGAUACAUGUACCCAGAGAUGAAGAUCACACAUCCUGCUGGUUGUAUGUCUCAAUUCAUCAAAUUCUUUGGUGAGCAGAUCCUUGUCCUCUGGAAGUUUGCCCUGCUGCGCAAGCGCAUAUUGAUAUUUUCACCACCCCCAGUUGGAGUUGUCUGCUAUAGAGUGUACUGCUGCUGUUGCCUUGCUAAUGUUUCUCUGCCUGGUCUUGGAGGAACUGUACCAGAGUCCAAACCAUUCUUCUAUGUGAAUGUGGCAGACAUAGAAAUGCUGGAGGCCGAAGUGUCAUAUGUAGCCUGUACAACGGAAAAGAUCUUUGAAGAGAAACGGGAUCUCUAUGAUGUCUAUGUGGACAACCAGAAUGUAAAGACCUAUCAUGAGCAUCUGCAACCACUCCUGAAAAUUAACAAUGCUGACAAGGAGAAGUAUCGACGGCUCAAUGACCAGAGGCAGAUGUUAAUGUAUUCCCAAGAAGUUGGCGAGGACUGUAGCUCCUGUGAAGAGGACCUUUUCAUCUUGUUUUUCAUGGAGCAGAACAACCGGAUAUUUCAGACGUUAAUGGAGGUGUCAGCCAGCCAGGACAAGACACUGACAGCUGACCACGCACGAGGCAUGGGCCUGGAUCCCCAAGGGGACCGAAGUUUCCUUAUGGACCUGCUGGAAGUAUAUGGCAUUGAUGUUAUGCUAGUCAUUGACAACCCCUGCUGCACUUAGACCAAGGGCAUGAGAGAUGGGGAGCGGAAAUGGUAUUUUAAAGACUACAGACAUUGCUUAGGAAUGUCACUGGAACUCACCACAACCACUGGACGAAUCUCAGUUUAUUUAAUAACUUUAUACGGAAGUAUUUAUAAUUUUAAAACAAAAUGUGAUUUUUAUUUUCUCCCCCUCAACUUCCCUAAGGAGUAACUGCUCCUGUUUAAUUUUCAUCUCCCUUUCUUCUUCACUUGUGUUUUUUGUUUGGUUUACAUAGGACUAGUGGCACCUUUGCACCAAUUCUCACUGUUGCCAGUGAUAGCUAGAUUUCGGAUGCCUGAGGGCUGAAGACUUCAGGAAAGCACUUUGAUAGGGUCCAAUGUGAAACGCUGUAGCAGAGCUCCUAAGACUUGACCAGAAAUUCCACCCUCCCACUCUUAUUCUUCACCCUUACACUUGGAGAUCGAAGAGAGCUUCAGCACAACUUCUAAGUGACCCAGUCUCAUAAAGCAUUGCCUGUCCUACCAUGUUUACUGGUGGGGACAGUUAAACCAAUGGUGACAAAACUGGACUCCUCCAACAACCUUCACCCAACGUUUAGCAGCUGAGUUGGAAUAAGCCACCCUUUUUCUCUUCAGUGGCAAAAACAAGUUUGGGGUAAGGGGAUGCCAAGAGAUCUUACAACUUUGCUUACCAGAGUGGCAUAGUUUCACUUUCAGCAUUUGAGGUGGUAUAAACUGGCAAAGACUAUACUAAUCUCAUAGCUGGAGAAGAGCACCAUCUCUACUUAAUCCCUUCUUCCACAGUUUUCAGUUGCAUUAAACCUGCUGCUUUGUUUUGCUUCGUCUUCAAACCAGCAAGAUAGACUCCCAUUGAACUGGGACCAGCGUCACUGAGCCACCUUGCAGUUGCUGUGCUCUCCAGCUUCUGUUCAGAAGAUGCUGGGCAGGGCUGGGUUGAAUAAAUAUGAGUUGAAUAUGUAUGCUCUAAUAUCAUUAGUGCUUCCUUCUGUAGCAGCCAGUAAUUGUCACUUCUUUGCUUUAACGCUGUCUGCUGCUCCCCCUUUGUCAAGCAGCUGUCAUCAGCGCCUGCUGCUAUCUUCAUCUUUCAGUGCAAAGUAGAAAGCAGUGUGUGUGACCUUUCAGCUGCAGGACUGGAAUGGCUUUAUUGUUUGCAAGAGUUC